CCGCCUGCGCCCACCCGCCGCGCUGGGAUCUCCGGGAUCCCGGCCCGGUACUCACCCCGGCACAUCGGCACCCCCAGCCCGAGUUAAGGGCAUAUCGGCAUCCCCUGUACUCAGCCCCCGGUGCUCAUCCACCGGGAUCCAUCCACCCCGGUACCCACCCGGCGCAUCCGUACCACCCUGCACACUCCCGGUACCCAGUCCGGUACCCACCGCGGUGGUGACCGCUGACGUGCUGAGGGACGCCCGCAUCCUCAUCCUACACAUGGGUCGCGACUUCUCCUUCGACGACUGCGGCCGCGCCUUCACCUGCCUGCCCGCGGAGGAGCCCGGCGCCCCGGCCGAGGCGCUGGUCUGCAACCUGGACAGCCUGCUGGGGACCAUGACACACCGGCUCUGUGUGGGCUCCCCGCCCGGCGUCUGGGUCUGCAGCACCGACAUGCUCCUCACCGUGCCCUCCACACCAGGGAUCAGCUGGGAUGGCUUCCAGGGCGUCAGAGUGAUCGCGGUGCCCGGGAGCCCGGUGUAUGCCAGGAACCACGGGGUCUACCUCGCCGAUGAGCAGGGGCUGGUGCGGGACAUCAUCUACAAAGGCACAGAGGCCCGGAUCCAGCAGUGUGCAGGGCCUGAUGGCACCGUCCCACUGGUCUGUGGGAUUGUUUUCUUCUCCUCGGAUGCUGCUGAGCAGCUUCUGGCCACCCACGUCAUCCCUCCUCUGGAUGCCUGUACCUACAUGGGGCUGGACUCAGGGGCACCUCCCAUCCAGCUCUCCCUCUUUUUUGACAUCGUGCUGAGCAUGGCAGGGGGGAUGACAGAGGAGGAUUUUGUGAAAGGUGGCAGCGAUGCCAAUGUGAGGAGCGCCCGCUCCGUGCUGUGGACAGCUCUCCGUGGCUUCCCUCUUAGCAUGGCCUGCAUCCCUGAUGCGUCCUAUGACUACAUGACCACCUCUGCAAGUGACCACAUCCGCAGCCUGACUCUCCUGCCUGGCUCUGCCAGUCACCUCCGCUUCUGCAAGACAGCCCAUUCCCACGUGGAUCAGCCCUGUCUCCUGGAGGAUGGCUCUUCGGUCACCAACUGCCUGCUGGAAGGAGCUGUGGGGCUGGCAGCUGGCAGUGUCAUCCAGCACUGUCACCUUCAGGGUCCCCUGGAGAUCGGUCCUGGCUGCCUCCUCUCGGGCCUCGACGCAGGCUCCUCCCCAGCCCUGCGGGGCUGUGCCCUGCGUGACAUUGUCCUGCAGGGCCACCACGUCCGCCUGCGUGACCUGCCCUGCCGUGUGUUCACUCUCACCGGCCGCCUCGACGACUGGCAGAGCCCUGUGGAAGAGGCCACCUACCUGAACGUGCCCUGGCCUGAGUUUUUCCAACGCACUGGCAUACGGGAAGGGGACCUCUGGGAUGCCGAGACGCCACGGGGGAGCCGCUGCCUGCUGAGCGCGCGGCUGUUCCCGGUGCUGCACGCCUGCGAGGCACUGGGGCUGCAGGACGUGCUGUGGCUGCUGGCCCCGGCCACAGGGACCGGUGAGCAGCUAGCACGCUGGCGGACGGCCUGGCGCAUGUCCUGGCAGGAGCUGCUGCCCUGCCUGGACACGGCGGCCGAGCUGGGCACCCGCCAGGCCCUUUUCUUCCUGCAGGGCCAGCGCAAGGUGCGGCGGGUGCUGCUGGGGCGCCAGGACAGCAGCCUCCUGCCGCUGGCCCGUAGUGCUGUCCACGAGGGCUACCAUGAGGCCGUGCUGGGCACACUGGAUGAAGUUGCCUCCACGGCCGGUGACGCUGGUGUUGCAGCGCGAGCGCUCGCCUGCAUCGCCGAGGUCCUGGGCUGCAUGGCACGAGGGGAAGGGGGCUUGCGGAGCGGCCCUGCUGCCAACAGGGAGUGGGCCUCGGCUUUUGGGUGCCUGGAGCGCGGGGACAUUGCCAGCGGUGUCCGGGAGCUGGCUGCCGAGCGGCAGAAAUGGAUGAGCCGGCCAGCUCUGCUGGUGAGAGCAGCUCGGCAUUACGAGGGGGCCGAGCAAAUCCUGGUCCGGCAGGCGGUGAUGUCCUCGUGCCAGUUUGUCACCGUGGGGCAGGCAGAGCUGCCACCCUUGGGGCACUGGGUGCAGGUGGCUUGUCCGGCCCGCCUGGACCUCUCUGGUGGCUGGAGUGACACCCCCCCAAUCACCUACGAGCACGGGGGGGCCGUGGUGGAUGUGGCGGUGCUGGUGGACGGGUGCCGGCCCAUCGGUGCCCGGGUGCGGCGCAUCCCCGCGCCAGAGCUGCGCCUCGUCAGCCUCAGCGGGGCCCCACCGAGCCAGGCAGUGACAGAGCUGGUGUGCCAGGAGCUGGAGCACCUACAGGAUUACUGCCAGCCACAUGCACCAGGAGCCUUGCUCAAAGCUGCCUUCAUCUGCACCCAGGUCGUGCAGUUCCCCUCACAGAAACCCUUGCGGGUCCAGCUGAUGGAGAAUUUUGGGAGUGGCUUCGAAGUGCACACCUGGUCCACGCUGCCCCACGGGUCUGGCCUGGGCACCAGCAGUAUCCUGGCAGGAGCAGUGAUGGCAUCGCUGUACCGGGCGGCUGGGAAGGCUGCCAGCACCGAGUCCCUCAUCCACGCCGUGCUGCACCUGGAGCAGAGGCUCACGACAGGUGGUGGUUGGCAGGACCAGGUUGGUGGGCUCGUCCCUGGCAUCAAAAUCGGAAGGUCGAAGGCGCAGUUGCCCCUCAGGGUGGAAGUGGAACAGAUUCUGGUGCCUGACGGUUUUACCCAGACCCUCAGUGAUCACUUGCUGCUGGUGUACACGGGGAAGACUCGCCUGGCCCGCAACCUGCUCCAGGACGUGGUGAGGAACUGGUACGCCAGGCUGCCCUCCAUCGUGCAAAACACUGAUGCGCUGGUGAGCAACGCUGAGGAGUGUGCCCAGGCCUUGAGGCAAGGUGACCUGCCUCUCGUUGGCAAGUGUCUGGACCGCUACUGGCAGCAGAAGAAGGUCAUGGCCCCUGGGUGUGAGCCGCUGGCUGUGGGGCACAUGAUGGACGCUCUCCGGCCCCACGUCCACGGGCAGUGCUUGGCCGGGGCCGGCGGCGGUGGCUUCCUUUAUGUCUUAACCAAAGCCCCGCGGCAAAGAGAGGCUUUGCAGCAGCUCCUCGCUGGCACCGAGGGGCUGGGCAACUUCAGCAUCCACAGCAUCGAGGUGGACACGGGCGGUUUCUCCUUGGAGGUUGUGGGAUGUGAUACGAAGGAUGGUGCUCACCCUGGAGAGGACAGGGCUGUGUGAAGGCCUUCAGCCCUGGCCAGUUCCUGGCAGAUACACAGGAAAUCCCCACUGCUUUAGGGGCAGCUCCAGCAGGUGCCUUAGGUCUUGAUAUGGCCUUUUUGUGCUGCUGCUUGCCCCAAAAGCCACAGAGGCUGGAGAAGCUGUGAUGAGCUGGGCAGGCACAAUUCUCCCUGGAGGGUGGCCUUGCUGGAAGGACAGUUUGCAAGGGCCUCUAGACUGAUAUUGCAGUUUCACUCCAGUUUUUACGGUUCUCCAAAGGGAAAGGACUACCAUUUGUGAUGCUGCCUCUGGCAGGAACCUUCCUGCUCUGCCAGCAGCAGGGACCCACACUGCCUGUUCAGCACACAAUGCUCCUGCACCAAGGAUGCACCUGGAUGUGGAAUCAAGACCCUCUCCUGUCCUGAGGGACUAUUUCAGCAUUGAUAUAAUAAAUAAUGAAAGCAAGUUACUAAUUCCUGCAGUCAGCCUGAAUAAAAGAGCUUGUUCCCA